GGUAAUUAGUCAAAUGCCGAAGCAACCGACCCCCUCCUUCUCUGUCCUCUCGCAGGUUCGUCUUCCAUUCUCCAUCCAAGUCUAUCAGAGUCGGCAGAGACUUUCCUCGACUCAAUCGGAAUCUUCGUUAUCCUGGAACGGAAACCAUGGCGACGAUCGGUAGCAAUAGCAUCAACGCCAAGCUCGUCUUGUUGGGCGACAUGGGCGCCGGGAAGUCCAGCCUCGUUCUUCGUUUCGUCAAGGGCCAGUUCCUCGAAUUCCAGGAGUCCACGAUCGGAGCGGCCUUUUUCUCGCAGACACUGGCGGUGAGCGACGCCACAGUGAAGCUUGAGAUUUGGGACACGGCCGGGCAGGAGAGGUACCACAGCCUGGCGCCGAUGUAUUACAGAGGAGCAGCUGCUGCGAUUAUUGUGUAUGAUAUCUCCAGAAUGGAAUCAUUUGAGAAGGCUAAGAAAUGGGUGCAAGAGCUACAAAAACAAGGUUCUCCCAAUCUGGUGACUGCUCUUGCGGGAAAUAAAUGUGACUUGGAUGAUAAAAGAGAGGUCCCAACUGAGGAAGCACGGACAUAUGCCGAAGAGAAUGGACUUUUAUUCAUGGAAACCUCUGCUAAAACUGCCAUAAAUGUGAAUGACAUAUUCUAUGAAAUAGCAAAAAGAUUACCACGGGCUCAACCUGCUCAGCAGCCAGCAGGGAUGGUUCUUGCAGAUAGGCCAACUCAAAGAUCACAGACAUCAGCCUGCUGCUCUUAGGUUCAACUGCUGUCUGUGAUUAGAAUAUGAAAAGGUGCUAGUUUCAACCACAUGAAUUCACGGUCAAUUGAUUGUAAUCACAAUUGCAGGAUCAAGUCCAACAGAGGAAACUAAUCGAAGAGAAUUCGGUCUCUGAAGGUGCAACGAGAGAUGGUAGUUGUGAACCAGUGGAGAUAGAUAAAAGGUACAAGUGCUCUGUUUCAUCUUCCCCCCUCCUAUUCGACCUCCUGUUUCUGGACCCUGUAAAUUUGCCUUGUGUUCUUUCCAUCAGACUCAUGUUAAACAUGAUACUUGGUGUAAUUAGAAUUGUAUGAAGAAUAUUAAUAAAUCUGUACUGGAACCUAUUGCCUUCUCGUA